AGAUACUGACGGAUUAACGAUUGACAUUGGCAACGUGCGUUUGUUCGGUUGUUGGCUUUCAUGCGUAUUAUUCAUAUGCUAAACUGACUCUCGUCGGGAUGGGAGCAAUCAGCUCAAAGAUAUAUGGUGCAACGGACGGAAUAUCCCGAGUCGAGUGUUCGUAACAGUGCGAUAGAUUAGUGGACAGAUGAUAGAUAGCUGUCAUAUCGUCUUUCGUAAGGCAGCGAAGCACGCGGCAAGUGGCCGACAUUUCUACCGACAAAUAUCGUAAUGUGACAUAUUGUAAGAAGAAAUACCAUUUGCUUUGUUUAAAAUGGCAGCAAUUUGGUCUGGGCGACCUGGUUGGUUAGGAAAGUUUGGAAUAGCAUUGCUAGCCAUCUGGUUUUUAGUAUUAAUUAUAACUGUUAUCCAUAUAUUUAAAUCUAGUUCUUUCUCAAAUCAAGAUGUUGGUAUUGUCAAUAAAGAGAAUACACAACGGCUAGCACAAAUGGUUAAUGACUUUGAAAUUUUAAAGAAACAAAAUGAUGCGCUGAAGAACUUCAUAUUAGGAGAAGGAUCAAAAUCUACACAAAGUGAUCAUUUGGGCUUCAUACAUGACAAAUUGGAGAAAGCAUCUGUUUAUUAUGAUCAAAUAGAUCACCAAAUAGAUGGAUCAAGACAUGGUGUUCCUUCCUUGGAAUAUGAAGAACUGCGGCGGCGAUUAAAAAAUGACAUCCAGGAAACAUGGUAUUAUAUGAGUGCUGAGUUAAAUAAAUUUAAAAAGUACAUUGAUAAAUUCACAUAUGAUCAGAGAGAAAAAGAGAUACAAAAUGUGCUGAAAAAUGUAUGGGAACACAAGAAAUCACUCAUAAUGAACAUAGAGAAGUUAGAGAAAGUAGAUGGUUAUAACGAAUGGCGGGAAAAGGAAGCAAAAGAUUUGUCUGAUCUUGUUCAGAGAAGAUUUAGAUAUCUACAAAAUCCUGUUGACUGUAAUAAAGCGAAAAAGUUAAUAUGUAACUUAAAUAAAGGAUGUGGAUUUGGUUGUCAGAUUCAUCACAUCACGUACUGCUUUUUAGUAGCUUAUGGUACAGAAAGAACAUUGAUAAUAAAAUCUAAAGGGUGGAGAUAUCACAAAGACGGUUGGGAAUCUGUAUUCAAACCUCUCAGCGAUACUUGUGUAUCCACAAAUGGUGCUACACAUUCUAUUUGGCCUGGUGAUCCUUCUAAACAAGUAAUAUCUCUACCGAUUGUAGACAAUGUUUAUCCUAAACCAAGAUUCCAGCCACCUAGUGUACCUGCAGACUUAGCACCGAGAUUAGAGAAGAUUCAUGGUCAUCCUUUAGUUUGGUGGGUAGGGCAGGUGUUAAAAUAUUUAAUGCGACCUCAAGAGCAUGUGACAAGAACACUAGAGGAAGCAAAGGAGAGGCUCGGUUUUGAAAAACCUAUUGUUGGUAUUCAUGUGCGUAGGACUGAUAAAGUAGGCACUGAGGCAGCUUAUCAUGACAUAGACGAAUAUAUGUCUAAGGUAGAACAGUAUUACGACCAGCUUGAAACUAAACCAGACGUAAAGAGAGUCUUUUUAGCUAGCGAUGAUCCGAAAGUGAUAACAACAGCCAGAAAACGCUAUCCUAAUUAUGAAAUAAUAGGCGAUCCGGAGAUCGCGGAGACAGCAGCUGUAGCGAAACGAUACUCGGAUUCUUCUUUGCAAGGAAUAAUCAUCGAUAUUCACCUUCUGUCAGAAUGCGAUUACUUGGUGUGCACAUUCAGCUCUCAGGUAUGUCGUGUUGCAUACGAAUUGAUGCAGACUUUCUACGUAGACGCAUACGACAGAUUUACAUCUCUUGAUGAUAUAUAUUACUACGGAGGACAAAAUCCACAUCCACAUGUGGCUAUUUUGGAUCAUAAACCAAGAAAAAGUGGGGAACUGGAAUUAAAGAUCGGAGAUUUGAUCGACGUUUAUGGGAAUCAUUGGGAUGGUUUCUCCAAAGGAUAUAACACCAGAACUAGCAUGACAGGAUUAUAUCCUAGUUUUAAAGUAAAGAAUCCCAUUGAUGCUGUAGAUUUUCCGAAAUAUUCGAAUGUUCCGUUGCAGGAAAAUAAAGCCAAAUAAACCAGUGCAAAGUGUUCGGUGAAGCCGAAUUCAUCAUUUUUUGAUAGAGUACGUUAUUAAAGCUCUUCAGACUUUUGACUUCUUUGAAUUGAAUUCUUUAGAUAUCGGUAUAGAUGAUACAGUAUGAUGUAUAUAUUUUGCUACUUGUAAAUUUUAACGCUUGUACUUUCUUAAGAAUGUCUAUGACUUAAUGAACGCAAGUCUUUUGUAUCAAUUAUCAUAAUCAUAUUUGGUUUUGAAAAGAUUGUAAGUAUAAUUAUUACUAAGUGACACAAUAGACAGAUACGCUUUUCUAAACAUUUCUAAUCUUUUUAUAUGUGAAACCGCAAUAUAAGUUGACACUGUGCAGACUUUGUGCGUUCAGAAUUAAAAUCACAAUUGCAGAUAUACAGCGAUAUAGUAUUUGUAAGAUUUUUCGUCAUAUUUUUAUUGCAUUUACAAAGUGUGCCCGUUACUUUGAUCAAAGUUUAAUCAGUUAAUCAGAGAAAGACUAUUCUAUUGGAUCAUUUGUAUUUUAAAAUGUACAUCCAAAGAAUAUAUUUCGAGAUUUUUAACGUUGGCUAACUGAAUUUAUUUUUUAUUAUGUACAUAAUGGAAAAAUAAUGAAAAAAAAGAUUUUAUCGCGCGUAUUAAAAUAUCCGACGUGCCAAUGCAUUAUCAUAAAGGAUAUUAAUAAGCCAAAAUUUAGCGAUUCUAUCAGAAAAUAUGUCGAAAGUUUUUCAUUUUAUCGCACGUUCCAUCUUUUGUAAAUAAAUUCGCCUGAUCUCCAGAAGACUACUUCAACAAUUAUAAACAUGUUUUAAUAAUGGCUCGUUCAAUAUUCAUUAUAUAACA